AAGGCUUACAACAUUCUGUGCCGUCGAAGAAAGCGGACGUGUAAGGAGAAAAGUGUGAAUUUUGGCUCUCCUGCCCAAAAAGGCCCUACUCAAGAAGGAAAUAAGUGAACACCAAGCAAGUGCAAGUGCGCGUCAGCAGCCAAGGAAAGUGAAUUCCAGCCAAGUGAAGUAACAAGUGGAAACUUACAAAUCAGUUCAAAUUGUGACGAGUUUCAAGAAAGAAGAGACAAGUGAUUCAGCAAUCCUCAGGAAAUUGAGGUAACAAAAAAACCUAACGAGAGCAGAGCAAUAAGUGUGAACAAAAAACGUUAAGCUUGCAAAGAAAAAAGGAGAAGAGAUUUCAACCUUUCGGUAAAAAAGUAAAGUGUGGAUAUAAAACUACAACUAGUAACUGCAUAGAUGGAGGAAUCCGGAAUACUACCAUCCCCUCCGGCAACACCACCACUUGGAACCGGCAGCAAAGAUUCAAAGACUAUUACAGAAAUUAAGCAAGCUCUGAAGCGCAAAUUGGAACAGAACCAAGCCUCGCCACGUGUCGCAGAGAUGUUGACCAAGGGAUUUACUACACCCAAUCACUCUGAUCUGUCGGAGGAUGAAUCUGAUCUACCACCGAGGAAGCGCCUGUACGUGCGCGACCCGGUCCAACUGGAGCAGCAUUACCAUCACACAUCGCUGACUCCACCACCUUCGGACUUUUCCGGUUCUGAAGACGAAAACACCAAAUCCGCCGACGAUGCUCUGCAGUCUGCUCAACCACAACGCGAGAGCGUCAUUAUGCGGAUCAAUAAGGACGGUUCCUGCACCUCGGCCAAGGAGCCAGAUGCAAACCUGAAUGUAUUCCGUUGCGUCAAGUACAAAAUGGGCCGUCGUUCGCCCUUCCAGCCAAUGGAGUCUCAAGCCGUUGAACAGCAACCGAUCAACACGCAGAUACCGGAUCAUAUCACAUCGCGAGAACAUUCGGAGGGAAUGAGCGUUGCACCGACCGCUCCAGUUACACACCCUAGUCGAGUAUUAGAGCACAGUCAACAAUAUGUACCUGCCGUUCCUUCCGUAGUACCUGUUGCUGCACCGGCAAUGCUUGCUCCAGCACCCAUGCCGAAGCCUGCACCCGUUCCAGUCAAGUCCACAACCUCGCUUCCUGUGAUAGCCCCUAAGAUACCGCAACUUAUUCUUGCCACUCCAAAUGGCUUCGUUCUGGUCCCUCCGCAAAUCUCACAGAACAUACUCGGCCAGACCAACGGAAAAGCGCUCCUUGUCCCUCAACAAGCCAGCGCCGCUGCCGUCCCUGUCCCAGUUGCUCCCCCGAAACCAGAACGUCGGCGAAUCUACGAGUGCGAGCACCCCAACUGUGGUAAAAACUACUUCAAAUCCAGCCACCUGAAGGCCCAUCAACGCAUUCAUACCGGCGAACGGCCGUUCAUCUGCAAAUGGCCAGACUGCGGUCGACGGUUCUCCCGAUCUGAUGAGCUGUCCCGCCACAAGCGCACCCACACUGGGGAGAAAAAAUUCGUCUGCCCCGUCUGUCAACGCCGGUUUAUGCGCUCGGACCACCUGUCCAAGCAUGUCAAGCGUCACAACAAAGACAAAGGUCAGAAGGGACAGCAGCAGUCUACGCAAACGCCACAGCACCAGCCGAUGUACCCAGUUUCGGCGUACCAGGAUGCAUCCGUCCCGGUACAAUUCGUCACGGCGGCCGCAGUCUACUAAGUGUUUAACGUGUGUUUUACAAGUCUUGUGAAUACUUUAUCGGAACUGACUAGAUCUUAGCUUUCGCGAGCUCAAGCACGCGUGUCUAUUGUUUGUGCUGUCCCUAUCUUUCUUCAUCGAACAUAUUCCCCAAUGAACACAGGAGAAAGAGAGUUAACGUUCAUUCCAGGUUGAAAAUCUAUCAAUAUCUGUACUACUGUUACUCGAACUAGGAGCGGGUUUAUGAGGUUGGAAUCAGAGUCAGAGUUGCUAGUUUCGUUUUCAGGGACAUAGACAGCGUUUUUGUUAUGGUUUUUUGUACAUGUUUUGAGUUUUCUUUUCCUAUGUUUAUAAUAUAAUAUAAAACAUCUGUGAUCGUUUAAAAUUACUUUAACGUUAAGAGAGGAAGUAAUGAUCGUUUUACUAAUCGUAUCGAGUUUUAGUAACUUAUUUAAAAGUCUAGAAUGAAAGAGUGAGAGUCGAAGAAGUUCAACAAUUUAUUUCAAAUAUCUAGAACUGUUAUGAUAAUAUGUUCUACUUGUAUGUCAGAAAAAAGAAAUGCAAAAGAAUGAAUCAAUGAAAAGAGAAAAAGAGAUAAUACAAAUCUAUCAAUUACAAACAUAAAACACAAA